UCUUUCUUUCUGUUCUUUUUCCUUUUAUGAUUUGAAGAAGAGAAAACGCGCAGUAAGCGGGGACAGGGCAGCGCCACCAGCUGCCCGCACGUGGACACUUCCCAGGGGGAGAGAAGUUGGAAGAGAACUUGGUCCAUCUGGCUUGAGGCCUCACCUUGGGCUGGACUCUGAGGCCUGGGGUCAUGACUCUCACUCUGGGCAGGUGGAAAGUUUUACUUGUUCUGGGCUGGACUUGAGCCCCCCAUUAUUGGCCAGCAUCACCCCCCCGCCCCUCAAACACUCGUACACACUACGCGGCACCUGGCCUGGGCCUCCACACCCCUCUGCGGCAUGGAUAAGUACGACCACCUGGGCCUGGAGGCCAGUAAGUUCAUCGAGGACCUGAACAUGUAUGAGGCUUCCAAGGACGGACUCUUCCGCGUGGACAAGGGUGCAGGCAACAACCCGGAGUUUGAGGAAACACGCCGGGUGUUUGCCACCAAGAUGGCCAAAAUCCACCUGCAGCAGCAGCAGCAGCUCUUGCAAGAGGAGACUUUGCCUAGGGUUAGCCGAGGUCCUGUCAAUGGAGGGGGCCGCCCAGGCCCACAGGCCCAUCGGGAAGCUGGUGCGGGCAGCAAGCUGACCAUGGACGGUGCCGCCAAGCCCCCUCUGGCUGCCUCGACCAUAGUUCCUGGGACAGCCACCACCAUUGCUGCUGGGCAGCCCUUGUGUCCACCCCAGGAGCUGAAGGCCAGGCCGUAUGUCCGUGGCACAAGGCCUGGUAGCCAGGACUGUGGCUCCAAGGAGAGCCCAGCCAGUUCGGAGGUGUCUGCUUUCCAUGGGCUGAGCCCCUGCGAGGAUCCUUCCUGCCUCACCCAUGGAGACUAUUAUGACAACCUCUCCUUGGCAAGCCCAAAGUGGGGUGAAGAACCAGGAGUGCCUUCCAGCAUCAGGCUGGGUGUAGGGAGUGGGUGGCCUGGCACCCCAGGCGGUGAUCCUUCACCGCCCAAACCCUCCAGGGACCCUCACCUCUACCAGCCGAAGCCCUCUCCAAGCUCCAGCAGGUCCUUCGAGAGUGGCCAGGAUGGGGGUGUUGAUGGCCGCAGCAGUGAGAAGCCAGCGGGUCUUUGGACCACUGCCUCCUCCCAGUGGGUGAGCCCUGGCCUUUCCUCCCCAGGCCGGGAGAAUGGGGCCCUCCUGGGGCCCGCUCCGCCCAGGACCCCUUUCUCAGCACCGCUGGCCCUGAGCUGCCCCAGUCAAGGACCUCUUCCAAGAACAAACUCGGGGGUGGGGAGUGAGGUUUCAGGCGUGAUGCCCAAACCAAGUGUGCACCCUCAGCCCUGGUUCCAGGAUGGGCCCAAAUCUUACCUUUCUAGUUCUGGGCCAUCAUCUUUGCCAGCCAGCAUGGACAGUUUGCAGCUGGAGGCAGCCCCUGGGCUGGGUCCCAAGCCUGGCUGCACAGACCCUGGCAUUGGUCCCAAGCUCAGCCCCACCAGCCGUGUCCAUCCAGUGAUGUCCACCCCGCUUGAGUUAUCUUGUAAAGAAGGUCCCCCUGGCUGGUCUUCUGAGGGCAGCCUGGGGUCUGUGCUCCCAGAGAGCCCCAGCUCCCACAGAGUGAGGCUGCCGUGUCAAACCCUCAUCCCGGGCUCUGAGCUUGGGCCCUCGGCUGCCGAAUUGAAAUUAGAAGCCCUCACCCAACGUCUGGAGCGUGAGAUGGAUGCUCAUCCGAAGGCUGAUUACUUUGGUGCCUGUGUGAAAUGCAGCAGAGGGGUGUUUGGGGCCGGCCAGGCCUGCCAGGCCAUGGGGAACCUCUACCACGACGCCUGCUUCACCUGCGCGGCCUGCAGCCGGAAGCUGAGAGGAAAAGCCUUCUAUUUCGUCAACGGCAAAGUGUUUUGCGAGGAAGACUUCCUGUACUCUGGCUUCCAGCAGUCUGCCGACAGGUGUUUUCUUUGUGGCCAUCUGAUCAUGGACAUGAUCCUGCAGGCCCUGGGGAAGUCCUACCACCCCGGCUGCUUCCGCUGCGUCAUCUGUAACGAGUGCCUGGAUGGGGUGCCCUUCACGGUGGACUCGGAGAACAAGAUCUACUGUGUCCGGGAUUACCACAAGGUGUUGGCCCCCAAGUGUGCAGCCUGUGGGCUUCCCAUCCUCCCACCCGAGGGCUCAGACGAGACCAUUCGUGUCGUGUCCAUGGACAGAGACUACCACGUGGAAUGCUACCACUGCGAGGACUGUGGUCUGGAGCUCAACGACGAAGACGGCCACCGCUGCUACCCGCUGGAGGACCGCCUGUUCUGUCAGCCCUGCCAUGUCAAGAGGCUGGAGAAGGGCGCCCCGCCCGCGGCCCCCCACCAGCUCCACUUCUAGCCAGAGCCUCUCACCGACCUUGGGGCGGGGCCAGGGGCCAGGGGUGCGCACUGACAAAUCCGCCGGUUGACUCCAGUGGCCCCUGGGGUCGAGUUGGGGCGGGGAAGGAGGGCAUGGCCUGGGGUGCCGGUGUGCGUGCAUGGGGCCCUUCUCACCAGCAAGGUCUGCCCUCCCGUCUCGUGUGUGUGUAUUUUCAAGGGCCUUUCCCUGCUGGCCUGCGCUCAUCAGAUUACUCAGGAAGACGCUCCAGCAAGCGUGUGGCAUGUGACAGAUCACAGCAGUGCAUGAGUGAACCCGCCGGUCCCCUCUGGGAACGUUCCCUUCAGAGGGAAAGGUUUGCACUGAGCGCAUUUCAUAACAUCCUCGGGAGAAGCUGUCAGCUGUCAGCCCGGUCAACCCUUCCCUCCCUUCAGGAAAAUACACACACCGGCCCCCCACGCCAUGAUCGAAGGUUCCCUCCUCCCCGAGGCGCGGUCUUCUGUGGGAGGGCUGCAGGCUUACAUGGGUAUGGCGAGAGGGCAGCCCCGACCUGUGCCCCGCAUCUUAGGGGCCCUUCCUUGGUAAGCCAGAGCCAGGUGUGGAGAUAAGCGCACGGGGUGUCCUGCGCCCUGACAGCGUGCUGCGUGUCCCCGCACCCCGUGGGCUGGCGGAGAUCUGCCCGGUCCAGCAGAGUGCUCCGGGGCAAAGAGCGUGGUGCCGGCACCAGGCCUCUCUGCCCACCUGUUUGCCCCUUUCCCCUCUGGCGCUCCCCAGAGUCUGUGACUUUGGUGUGGCUUCCGCAACGGCACGCUCAGGACCCCGUGCGGACAUCUGUGCCUGCGGCUUCUGUGUCCUGAGAGCCGCCCCGUGGAGGAGGGUGUGUGAGGGCGGGCACGGAGCCAGCGCGGAGGGCACGCCUGGGGAUAAGUUAUUGGUCCCUACACGGGUCUCUCUCGCCCAUUCUUGGCACAGGCGUUCUGUGUGAAGAAACCAGGAUAAGGUACAAUGCUUUUGUCCGUGUUUUCUUUUUCUGUUUUAAAUUGUUUCCCUCCACUUUCGGUCUUCCACACACACAAAAAUACCUCACAGAUGAGAGCUUCACCAAAUGACAGGUAAAGAGGAAGUGGGCCAUCACCGUGGGCUCUGGUGGGUUAGGGACAUCUGGCUUCAUGCAGGCCAGACUGCAGUGGUCAGGGCAGUGUGACCCUAACCAAAGGUCAGCAGGGCACACAGCAGAUGGAAAGUGGGUGCUGCUGUCUACUCACAGCACCAUGCCAGCUCCCGGGCUGGCACGGGCUCAGAGGGCCACACCCCGGCAGGAUUUCAAGGCAGCCUCUGCACUGAAGGGGCGGAAUUUGCCCUGCCAGUCCCAGUCCUGAGGCUGGAGGUCAAGAUCCGUUGGUAUUUCAGUAAGGAGAUAUGUACGUACAUAUCCGUAAAAGGUUGGCUGGCACUUUCCCUCUUGCCUGUGCUGAGGGCCCGUGGCCUUGUCGCAGGAGCGCUGGGCCCUCUCGUGGCAGCUGGCAUCUGUUCUCCGCCUCCUCACCUGGUACCCGAGCCAGGGACUAGCUGACGAGCCGUGGGGACGGUCAGCGGAGCCCUCCUGGGACUCAGCUCCCCGGGCCCAGCUGCCCUCUAGGCCAUGUUUUGACUCAUUCAGUAGCAGUUGCCUAUAAGAAACACAAAUUGGUACCAUUGAUUGUUUCACAUUUUUAUUCAGUUUAUUCUGCUGGGAUCCUUUGGCCAGAUGUCACUUCAGCCCAGGCUGCGUGCUUUCGUUGGUGCAGUCUUCACGGGCUGAGCCUCCUGAGAACCCGUGAACGUGCCCCUCUCUGCCCAUCGGGUCCCCAGCUCAGCCCGGGCCAGGCUGUGGGCAGCUGCCACGCCUCAGCCCGUCCUUGCCAGCCAGGGAUGUUCCUGCCUCGCAGGCCCCCUUGCCCACUUUCAAGUCCAGCAGAGUGGGCGCCACCGUCAGAGGCAGGGGCGUUUGGUUGCAAAUUAGGUGACUAGUUAGUUCAAUCUGAUAAAGUUUUAAUGAAAUUUUUAAAAUAGCCUUGAUUGGGGUGGUUCCGAUCUCACUGCAGAUACGGCAUUUCAUGUCCCCGAAGAGCAGCGAGAGACUUCCAGGCAAAAGCUGAGCCGCAGCUCCUCUGAUCAGCGUCCCUGGGGAGGUGCCUGGUAGGACUCGAUUUUCUCUCCUGCAGGAAGAGGUGUUCGCCCACCUGGUUAUCGUAAACAUUCUGUAGGUUAUUGGCAAAUGGAACUGUAAUGGAGUUGUACUUACGGGCACCCAGAAAGUAAACAGGCACCCGGGAGACCAGGAUGAGUAAGUUUGUUGUAAAAAGUAGAGCAGAAAUCCCACCCGAGCUUCCUAGACAACAACUGGACUUGAACUAGACAAGGAGAGGAGAACUACGGCCCGAUUCCAGACCCACAACCAGCCUGCAGCCUUCUCCCUCGCCUCACUGUGCCCUUUGGUUUUCUUGCUGCCCGCCGCCCCCCAGCCCUCGGGUCAGGCCAUUCAGAAACGGGGUGGUCCGAGGGAGGCCGGUAACCCAGGUUGACCGGCUGUAUCAGGACACUGUCUCUGCCUCUGAUGUCUCCCCGCCUGUCCCUGGGUAGAGUGAUGUGUUCAUCUCUCACCACGAGGACGUUUGGUUGUCCCCGUCACUGCCUGUGCCCAGCUGGCACAGGACUGCAUUGCUCCGUGGGUAGUGCGGGAGUGGAAACCUUUCCGCUGAGUCAGGAGGUUAUGCCCUUGAGUCCUGGGCGGCUGCAGGGAUUGUCACAGAGUUCUGAUCACCUUCAGGGCUGCCCCCACCUGGUUCCCACGGGCGAGUCACUGCUGAAAGGGAAAGCAAGUGUUGGGACUUGCGAGAACGCUCUGGCAUCCACAGUUCUUUGCAGGCUGUGUGUGUGUGUGUGUGCCAUUUCCCACGGGCGACAGUGGGAGCUGUGGUGGCUGCUGUACGCUUGCAAAAAAUGUGUGCGACACCUGACCCCAAACGUUGGUUGCUGUGCUUGUUAAUAAAACCGUGUCUGCCAGGAAACCAGAUUCUUUAUGCCACAAGUAGUCCUGAUUUCCCAGUUACUAUCUGAGGUAACUCUUAAAAGGAAUAGAAAAAAGAGUAAAAGGGUUAGCUAUGUAUUGUUCGGAGCCAGAACUGGACAGAUGUGGGGAAUUUCCAUAGAGUGCGUGACGAUUUCACCUGUACAGGGAAAACCGUUUUACUCUGUGUCUCUUCUUUUACUAUAAAAUGAUUCAAAAAUUUAUUGUCAUGAUAUCAUGCAAAAUAUUACUAUAAAAUUAUUUGAAAUUUUACUGUUUCUAUAAAAUGAUUCAAAAUAUGAAAAUAAAACUGCAUCGAUUUGUAGACUAUUA